UCUUAAGGCAGUCAAACUCGAACCAGCCCACUUCUUUCCCACCCCUUCAUCCAUUCCUGCUGACUAUUGGCAGUAAGACUCCUCCCGGCUUCCUCCAGUCCAUUCAGUCAAUCAGCUGCAAGAAACCCAGCUCUGCUGCACAUUGGAAAUUAAUGCUCUUUCCACAUCAAGGGUUCGCCGUAUAUGGCAACGCAGAAUUAUUUGUGCAACUGGUAUUUAUCCUACCCGCUAAUCUAUAAGUGAAGGAACUGAACCACUCUCUGGAGUAUUUGCCUCAGCCUUGAUCUUGCCGAUUUUAGUGGGGGGAAGUUGGCAUUCGUUUUCUGCAGUUCGUGGCAGCUGCCAGUUCGCUCCAGCAAUCCUACCAUCGACUCGACCAGACUUAUUCAGUGAGGGCUGAGUGCGGAAAGCUCCCUUCUUGCGGAUAGCGAAGAUGCUGUGGGGAGCAGUCUUCAUCGUGGGCUUGGCUUUGUGCAGAGGACUACCGCUUAACAGCGGACUGCACAACAUCACCGGCAAAAAUGUCAAACCGAUGCCAACCGUUUGGGAAGAACCGAAGCGUGAAGCUGAAGCCAGGACAACCGAAUCACAGAAAGAGGACAGCAUCCUCCCAGAGUUGCUACGGGACUAUGACAAAGUGAAAGCCGUGUCUGAGGGCUCGGAUUGUCGCUGUAAGUGUGUGCUCACACCCUUGGGCCGGGACGCCUGCCACCGGAUUCGGGAAGGCACCGCCAAGCCAGACGACUCGUACACGGUGGAAACUAUCAGCUCGGGACCGCACUGUAAAUGUACCUGCCUCGCCCCACCCUCGGCUCUCGACUCCUGCGCUGGCCAAAUCAGAUUGCAGAAGUUCCAGGAAGCGGAAAGCAACAGUUUCAAGCUCUCCUCUGCAAUGGAACUGUUGGAAGGUGCCAUCUUUGGAUUAGACCUCAUAAAGUUACAUUCCAUUACAACCAAACUCAUCAAGCGCAUUGAAAAAUUGGAAGAG